ACGUAACGUGAAAAACAUGAAUGUUUGUUGAUAUUCAAUAUACCUCUCAAUUCUUGUACUUUGUGAUUAAUUUUAACCUACCAAACUAUUAAUAUACUGCAGACUUUUAUAUCUGUUGUGCUGUUUUCUUUUAUUUUUAUUGCAUUCUGUAUUGAUUAGAGCUGGUAAAGUUGAAAUCAUUGAAGACGACCACCUAACCGGCAAUUAAAUAACUGAAAAUGUGUGACCAGCAAUGUUGAAGGCAACAUCAGAAUUUUUAAAUGUUUGUCCAAGAUGUUUAACGUUGCGUCAAUACAGGCAACAAAAUAAGUUCUUUCUCUCCUUAAAAGUGGCAAGAUUUCUGAGCUCACCCUCUCACUAUGAUGUGCUAAAUGUUCCUAAAGAUGCAUCACAAGAUGAAAUUAAAAAGGCUUUUUUUGAGAAAUCUAAGAAGUUCCAUCCAGAUGUAAGUCCUAGCAAUCCACAUCAUCAUAAGUUUUUCCUAAAGCUCAAUAAUGCUUACAGUGUCAUUGGAGAUAAAACAAAGAGAAAAGUGUAUGAUGCAAGUCUGAAACCUCAAUGGAAACCUUACUCAAGAGUUGUGGAUUUAAACAAGCAAAGAGCUCAUUUCUACUACGACACAUACACAGACCAUGAUUCCCAGAAUGACGCCAAACAAUCUGUGUUUUAUCGACGAAAUAACAACGAAGUUGCGUUGGUUAUAAUUGCAAUGAUGUUGACUGGUGUUGGACUUCGGUUAUUAUGGUUAGGGUAUCGACACAAGCAGUACAAGAAACAGUUAGAUAUCAAUAGUAUGAAGGCCAGUAAAUUGUAUCAAGAAUCGAGAGAACGUUCAAGCAAGUACACUGUCAAAGAACAACUUGAAAUGUUGGCAAAAAAGCAAGGAAAGAUUGAAAAGGAGCGUAACGAAUAUUUAUAAAGACAACGGACAUUGAAAGGUUUUACAAACAACCCGUCCUUAAUCUUAAAAUCAUGUUUUACAUUAACAUAUUGUAUAUAAUUUUGUGAAAUAAGUAAAUUAAGUAUUUUUAAUGUAUCUCGUCAAAUGUACUGUCGAUAUCUUUAGCAUGUCAAUUGAUGGAAUGCAAAAUGUUUCCUGAAAUACAAAAUAUUAUUUUGUUGAA